CCGAAACCGGAGCCCUGCCGGGCGUCGGCGCCAGCCUCCUCCACGAGGCGGAGGAGCAGGGCCGGUUUCGCGCCGUCUGGCAGAGCGAGGGGGUGCCAUCGCUGGUGGACACACUCCAGUCCUCGGACCUGGUGUUCUACUGCGACGGCUCAGCGCGAGAGUUCCAAGGAGCGGCCGGAGUCUUCGUCCAUGGCUUCGGCAUCCAAGGAGGGGCGGCCUGGCCAGUGGGAGUGCAUGCGGACUCGUUUGAGACCGAGCGCAUGGCGCUGAUCGCAGCCCUUCGGGGGGUGGCAACCAAAGCACUGCGAACAGAGUGCGCCACCAUCUGCACCGACAGCCAGUCCAAUGUGCGC